UAGGCCAGUAUGCCAGUGAAAGAAAAGGUAGUUCACUAUGGCCAUGGCUUGCCGUGAUUAGGUCUGCUCGCCGUGUGAUUACCCGUCACUAUUUUCCAGCAAAUCGGCGUCCCUAAUCACACGUCAGCUCCAACCUCCGCGAUAAGUGCAGCCAUGAGCGCGAGCUCCGCUCGAAUAUAGCUCAUUCAGCUUCCACUACGAGAGUUCCAGGUCUCGUUUCGAAGCUAACACUGAUUGCUGGUAACGCGAUCCUUCACUGUAGCAUUGGUAGCACUCUCCACCGUUCUCCGCCGUUCUCCACCGUUCAGCAUUCGCUGCCGCCAUCAUGAAGGCCAGCGCGGCCAGCAGUCGCGGGGCGGCGCGCUUAUGGACGGCCGCGGGAUCGUCGCCGCGCGGCGGAUCCAUGCGAGGGAUUGGCGAAGCGUCGCAGACGUCGCGUUCGCGAAAGGGCAAGAAGAGUCGCUCGCUCGUGCGACGCCUCCUGAAGUGCCGCUUCCAGACCUUCAUCCUCUGCGUCGUUCUGGUGGUGCUGUGCAGCGCGCUUGUGUUUCUCUUCGUGGUCGACAAGUUCCCUUUCUCCAUGGGGGCUAAAGACGCCGCUGCUGCUGCCGCUGCCACAGACGACCUUUCCACGUCAGCAGCAGAGACGAAGCCGUCCCACGUGGCAAUGGAUCUGAGCGCACAUGGCAAGCACCAGGAGACGGCCAGGAUACUCACAGGGGAAGGGGACGGCAUUGGGACAGAUAGCAAGGGCAAUAAGGGCGGCAAAAGCAGUAAGGGCGCCAAGGGUGGUAAGGGUGGCAAGGAUAGCAAGGGCGGAAAGGGGAAGGAAGAUGGCAAGAAGGCGGCGCAGGGGAAGGAUGCCAAAGGGGGGAAGGACACAGCGAAGGCCGGUGCUGCUGGCAGUGGUGGCAGUCACCCAGGAGGGGCUAAGCCGGCGAGCCCGAAGCAGCAGCAACAGCAGCAUAAGGCGAAUGAGGCGAAGGGAAAGGGGCACCCAGCGGGGAAGCAGCAGGGCAAGGCCCCGGGGAAGAAGGCUCCUGAAAGCAAGUCGCCUGGAGGGAAGGCACCUGGGGGGAGAGCAGCAGGUGGUAAAGCGCCUGGCGGGAAGGCUCCAGGGGGGAAAGCAGCGGCUGCCACGGCCACGCCAAAGCAAGUGGGGAAGGUGCAGGCAGGGGUGCAUCCAGCCAAGCGUGCCGCGGCUCAUGCUGGGGGGAAGGCAGCCGCAGUGGUGCCCAAGGGAAAGGUGCACCCAGCUCCUAAGCAGGAGAAGGCAGCAGGAGGAGCCAAGGGUAAAGGUGGGGGGGCUGUUGCGGCAGGGAAGCAGGGUGGUAAAGGGAAGGGAGCAGUGCCGGCUACUGGGAAGCUACGAGGGGUUGUUGCUGACCCCAAGAAAGGAGGAAAGGUGCAGAAGAGUUAGAAUGAGAGGUUUUGCAAUGUCCAUAGCGCAUGGGCGUGGGUUUUUAUUUUUAUGAGAUGUACUUGCCAUAGCUUAUGUAGGUGUGAUUAGGGUUAGGCCCUUCUGUUGUCUCUAAAAGAUCACUUCUGCAAUCUGGUACCGUCUCAGCUAUAUGGCAUGCAGAUACAGCGCGUGCGCGUUAGUGGCACCACCGUUCUCUCCCUGGCAACAGAAAAUGCCGCUUCACGAAUCACCCCCCCUGCGACAACAGCGAGGCUCGUUCCUUCCCCAGUUCCAGCCACACUCGUUGCUUCUUACUGAGCUCGCCGCCAUGGCGAAGGGAAAGGGCGGCGCGAUUCUGGUGAAGUUGCUGUCGGCGGCGGGGACGGGCUUCUUCUACGUGACCAAGAAGAAUCCGCGCAACCUGCCGCACAAGCUCGAGUUCCGCAAGUACGACCCGCGCGUGCAGAAACACGUGCUCUUCACCGAGACCAAGCUGCGAUAGGAGAUUCCCAAUGGACAGGGACGAGGUUCCGGCCGGCUUGCGUGUGCUGUUCACCGAGACCAAGCUUCGCUAUUAGAUUAAUCGUCGCUGCCGGGUCGCGUGGCUGUGAUUGUAACGAGGGAUUAGACUGUAUCCGUGCUGUGCGGGGCUGUUGCUGCGAAGAAUUGCCUGACUGACACUUUACGAACUAGCGUUUGGCCUUGUAACGGAGCAUUAUCAAUCCAUCUUGUAUCGCGUCUGUCGUAAAUCUGUUGGUGAAAUCGAGCACUCGGUCGGUCCGUAGGGCUGUAGCAGCGUCAAUCGAUUCGUUUAGACUAACUCGUUACGAGCCCCCCUCGCCCACUCUAAACGCAGCCUGUCGAGCCCCUCUCACCGCUCUGAACGCGUACACACCGGACCAUUAUUCACGGCGUCGAGCCUGUCAGCGACAUACCCGCGGACCGUUAUUCACUUGACUGUCUCCCCUGGCCUCGCGAUCGUAGACAGCCGUCAAUCGCCGUCAGUCGCCUUCAGUCGCCGUCAAUCUCUGGCCGUCAAUCGCUGACCGUCAAUCUGUGGCCGUCAAUCGCUGGCCGUCAAUCGCUGGCCGUCAAUCGCUGGCCGUCAAUCGCUGACCGUCAAUCUCUGGCCGUCAAUCGCUGGCCGUCAAUCGCUGGCCGUGAAUCGCGCCGUGAGCCGUGAGGGGCGGCGAUGGACUUCCAGGAGCUGGAGGCGGCGGAGGGUGUGCGCUUCUCGUGGAACGUGUGGCCCGCCACGCGCCUCGACGCCACGCGAUGCGUCGUGCCGUUCGGCGCUAUCUUCACGCCGCUGGCGGACAUUCCAGACUUACAGCUGGUUCCGCAUCCGCCGCUACUGUGCAAGGCUUGUGGCGCAGCACUCAACCCGUACUGCGCUCUCCAGUUCGGCAGCAGGAGCUGGGCGUGCUCGCUGUGCCAGCAGAGGAACCUCUUCCCGCCCAACUAUAGAGACAUAAGUGAGACCAACCUGCCCAUCGAGCUGUCGCCCAGCCUCAGCACCAUCGAGUUCCUGCUGCCGCACGCCGCCACGCC